UGCCAUUGGACAAAAACAUAGCGAGCCCCUCCCGCACCCUCCACGGCGCCCGUCCUAUGUCCCGUGACCCCCUGCCUGUAGCUAAAGGACAGGGAGCGGUGGCUAGGGUUUCGCCCGUCUCUACUAGUUUCGUCGUCCUCCAGCCUAGCAAGAGACGCGGGUCUGCUAUCCUGCAAGGCUACAACGAGAGCUCCAACCGGUUCCCAGGUACGUGCUUGUUCUGAUCGCGACGUACAACAUCGGCCCUAGGCACGACGCCUCAGGCUGGCCUGCCGGGCGCGGAUCACGGCCGCGACGCCGACGCGCUUCCUGCUCGUCCCGACGUUCUACCUCGCUGGGCUCUGCUCUGCUCGUCCUGGACGCUCUGCUCUGCUAGUCGCGGUGCCGCUCUGCUCUACUAUUCACGACCGGCUUGUGGUAGAACGCAUUGGAAUAUUUGUUUUAGAUUUUUAUUUUUUUACAGCAAUAUGAGUGAUAGUGCCGAUUGGAAUGAAGAUAAUACUGCUCUAGUGUGUGAAUUGUUCGCCGAACAAGUGAAGGCGCACAACCGUUCUGGUACCCACUUAAAUAAAACAGGGUACAAAAAUGUGAUGGACAAAUUCAAAGAAAAGACUGGGUUGUCCUACACCAAAAUGCAGUUCAAGAACAAAUGGGACAAGAUGAGGAUUGAGUACACAAAUUGGAAAAGACUAUUGAAGGAAACUGGUUUGGGAUGGGACACCACGAAAAAAACCUGGAGUGCGACAAAUGAAAGGUGGAAGAACUUGAAUAAGCAAUACAAAGGAAUUGCCAAGUUUAAAGAUGGGCCUCUGUUGCAUGAGGAAGAAAAGCCAUCAUGUAUGAAGAUAUUGGGAACACACGAGAUGAUCAUUGGGCUCAGUCUAGUGGUACUACACCACAAAUUCUGGAGGGUGAAACCACUCAGAACACCGAUGACAAGGAUGGAGACUAUGAGGCUAAUGAUGACAAGGAUGAAGACUAUGAAGAAUGUGAAGAGGUUUCACCUACAACUGCUAAAGGAAAGUGUCAUAUUUUGGAUAUUGUGUCGUGCUAGUUUUAUGCAAUUUAUGGAUUAAACAUUUGAGACCAUUUUAUGCACUACUAUGAUGGGAAUAUU